GCAACGAAAAAAUUGUAAAGAAACAACAAAAGAGAAAACAAAAAAACCCAUUUUUGUAAAUCAUAAAUCAUUUUAAAUUAAAACUAAGUGAGAGACACAGGGAUAUAUUAUUUUGUUUGUUUUUGAAUGUCAAGGAUAAUACAUUGAGUUUCCUUGUGAUAAAGAGUUUAAGACGCAAAAUUGUUUGUACUUAAUUUACUUAAGUUUUACUUAAUUAAUUACACAUUAUUAUCAAAUUCGUUUCUAAGACCAAACUUCUAUCCCCAUCCACACACACAAAAACACACACACGAAAAUCAAUUAAUUAUAUACACACACACAUAUAUAUAUAUAAAUAUUUAUUUUUCUACCAACUAAAAACAAAAAAAAAGAAAGAAAAAACUAAAAGUCAAAGUGAACGUAGGAACGCUGAAUUUUUGCAAAUUAGAAAUCAAGCAAACUUCCCUUCAUUUAAAUUUAAUACAAUUUAAGUUUAGAUUAGUGAGGACAAAAAAAAAAAGCGAACUUAUUAAUCAAUUAAUUGUGUAAACCUCAGAGUUAGGCGCUACUUUUCUUUUCCCAAUUUGUAUAAUUGUUUAUGAGCAUCAAUAUGCGUCAAAAAGAUCUAAGACCAGCCCCAGCUCUAAUUGAGUACAAGGGCAUGAAGUUCCUAAUCACCGAUCGACCAUCAGACAUAACAAUUAAUCAUUACAUUAUGGAGCUUAAAAAGAACAAUGUUAACACUGUGGUGCGUGUCUGUGAGCCAAGCUAUAAUACGGAUGAGCUUGAGUCACAGGGGAUUACUGUCAAGGACUUGGCCUUCGAGGAUGGCACCUUCCCGCCACAGCAAGUGGUUGACGAAUGGUUUGAGGUCUUGAAGGAAAAAUAUCAACAAACACCGGACGCCUGCGUUGCUGUGCACUGUGUGGCUGGUUUGGGACGUGCUCCAGUUUUGGUUGCCUUGGCACUGAUCGAAUUAGGCUUGAAAUAUGAAGCAGCUGUGGAAAUGAUUAGAGAUAAACGACGCGGCGCCAUUAAUGCCAAGCAGCUUUCAUUUUUGGAAAAAUAUAAGCCAAAGGCGCGACUAAAGCACAAAAAUGGCCACAAAAAUUCAUGUUCUGUGCAAUAGAUUUCCAAAACCAUAUGUAUAUUCCCACCAGAUAAAAAGUGUUCAUUUUUUCAAAACAAAAAAAAAAACCAACAACAACAACAAUUAAUAAAAAGAAAAAAAGCAAAAAUGCAAAACCAAAACAAUACAAACUACCAACAUGUAAAACUUAAAAACAAACCAAGAUAAAACCUAUAGCCCCAGUAAAUUUCUAUCUAAAAAUUAAAAAAAA